CCCUCCCUCCUCCCCUUAUCCAUUAUCGAUGCUCCCGGGCUGAGCCAGCCUCCCGCGCCCCCGCUCCGCCUGCAUGACUGUCACAAAGAUGUCCUGGCGUCCGCAGUACCGCAGCUCCAAGUUCCGGAACGUGUACGGGAAGGUGGCCAGCCGGGAGCACUGCUUCGAUGGCGUCCCCAUCACCAAGAACGUACACGACAACCACUUCUGUGCCGUCAACGCCAGCUUCCUGGCCAUCGUCACCGAGAGUGCGGGCGGGGGCGCCUUCCUGGUCAUCCCGCUGGAGCAGAUAAACAACCCUUAAUAUAACAGAAGAAGGAUCAGGAAGACAGUUCUCAGGGUAAGGCUGUCCCAUAAAAUAUUUUAAAUA